GACUGGAGACCGAAGUGGAGAAGGUCCUGAAGGAGCAGGCCGUCUGCUUCUACGCGGAGCUCCCGAGCAAAGGGCUUGGCAGUGCCGUGUGCGUGGGCCAAAUCCUCCCAGGCUCUGACAUCACCUGGAGCACACACUGCUCGCAGGACCGGCUGCCCAAGGUUCGCGCUCUGAUCCAUCGCUGGUCGGGGCCCAUCGCGUGCGCCGUGCUGGGCCCAAGAGGUUCUCUUCGCAGCCUACGAGCAGAGGCCGAAGAGCUCUGCCGUCUUGCCGGCCCACGGCUGGCUCUGGCGCUCUUUGCCUGUGGUGGGUCGGGCAAGUACCCGGCCAACGGACUCCGGGCGUCCUCCCUGGAGCUGGUUUCAUCACGCUGGGCGCUCGUGGCGGAUGUCGACCUCCUUCCCUCUCUUGGGCUGCAGGAGGCCUUGAGUGGGCUGCCCUUGCCACCUCCAGGCGUUUGUGGCAAAUCGCCUCCGAGCUGCUUCGUGGUACCGGCCUUCGAAGCGUGUGGGGAGGCUGCGGUGGAUCUAAAUCGCCUCUUGGAUCUUGACGUGGCCACUGCGCGGGACCAACUCAGGAGCCUCCAUGACACGGGGCAAGCUGGCCUCUUCCAUGGGCAGUCCUUCCCGGCGGGUCAUGCGGCAACGGACCUUGCGUUGUGGCUGGCAAAGGACACGGUGCAGACGUCCUAUGCCAUCCAAUGGGAAGAGGGCUUCGAGCCGUAUGCUCUGGUCGACGUCCAACGCCUCCCAAGCUUUGAUCUCCGGUUCGACCAGUUCUUCCGGCAUGACAAGCACUCCCUCUACGCGGAGAUGGCAGCAUCCGCUUGGCAUUUCCGGGUGCUCCGAGAUGGUUUCCUCGUGGACCAGCCGCACGACAAGACCGGUCCACCACCCUCCGAGGAGGAUCAUGCUCUGCGAGUCCACGCCAGCGGCCUGAUGCGUCGCAAGUUCCGGGAGCUCCGCUGUCGUCAGCUUCAAACAGUUUUUGGCACCUUGGAGGACUGGUCGGCCUCAGCUGCCUGCCCCUGCCCGGCUCACUGUGCGGGCGAA